ACCAUAAUUGUCACAACUUUGAAGCAAUAUACCACACCUAAAGAAUAAACAAAUUAAACUACGUGCGGAUACAUUAUAUGGUACACACUCCCCAUCUUCAUAUGGUGGACACACAAAAGAAGGUUGGGAAUGGGAUAAAGGUUUUGAUUUUCCCAUUUGUGGCCAUGGGACAUAUCACUCCCUUGUUUGAGUUGGCCAAGAAACUCUCCAAAAAAGGCUUUCAUGUCUACCUUCUCUCCACUCCCAUCAAUCUUACUUUCAUACACAACACCCACUCUUCAAUCCACCUCGUGGAGCUUCACUUGCCAGAAUCCCCGGAUCUCCCGCCACACCGCCACACCACCAACGGCCUCCCGCCCCAUCUCAACCUCACCCUCCAAAGAGCCCUUAGGGAGUCCGAACCCGCUUUCUCCGACGCCUUGACAACCCUGAGACCGAACUUGCUCAUCUACGACGCUCUCAACCCGUGGGCAGCACCGAUAGCUGGGUCCCACAGUGUUCCCGCCGUUCAGGUUUUCACUUCUGGUGCCGCUUCAUGUUCCUACGUAAUCCACACGUUGCUCCGGGAGGAGAACGCCCAUGAUGGUGGCAAGGAGGAGGAGUACCCUGUUUCGGAGCUCGGUCGUCGUCUGAGCUUCCACGACCAAGAGAUGAUCCGGACGAUCAUCCAAGCCCAAGGGGGCAUUGUGUUGGAUGGUUGUCGCGACACCGAGGAUGCGAAGGAGAAAAAAAGGAGAAGUCGACUGAUUGUGGAGAUUGGGGUUGGCGUUGAGGUCGUGAGGGAUGACCGCACCGGAAGGUUUCGCCAUGAAGACGUGGCUAGAGCCAUUAGUGGCAUCAUUCAUGGGAAAGUAGGAGACAUCGUAAGAAGGAACGUGCAAGUGAUCGGGAAAAACGUGAGAGCCAAAAGCUUGAAGGAGAUGGAAGAAGUUGUUGCUAUGCUUGCACAACUCUCUUGUCAGAAAUGAAACAAACAUAGCAUGCCACUCAUAUGGAAGGAGUGCUUUUAAAUUGGUUCUUGAUUAUGAAUAACAAUGUGUGUGAUAC